AGAACCAGUAAACAGCAGUAAUUAAUGAAAUUAUUAAAAAGUAAUUAUUAAACAGUAUUGAUUACAUUUAAAAGGAAAAAAAUAAAAGUUCAACAUUAAAUAGUGUUGUGCUAUAUAUAUAUAAAAGUGUUUACAAUUGUUUUGCGAAUGCGCACAUUUAAUUGACACGCCCAUGGCAUACCGUUAUUCUCUCUUGUUUUGUUCAGACGUCUCUGCCUGAUUUUCAGGCGUCUGUCUUUUUAUUUUUUUUGUUUUGGAUAUACUUUUGAAGAUAAAUUCACUGUUUCUUCGUUUUUUAAUAACCCAAUUUGAAGUCUAAAUAGAACAGGUUUCCAUUGAUGAGCAAGUAGGGAGAAAAAUUGUCAGGAAUCAAAAAAAAAAAAAUAAUAAAAAAAAAAUGGAAUCAAAAUCGUCAUACUUGGAUGCAAUCCAAGGUAUUCCUGGAAAUACGGCAAAAGAAAAAUACGAAUCCCUUAAUAAAAUUAUAAAUCAAACUAUUGAAAAUAAAAAUGUACCGGGUGAUUUAAAAACGCAAACAAUAUACGGAACUCAAAUUCCAAAAGUAUUGGAACCUUUGAUUCAAACAGAAAUAGCAAAAAUUGAAAAAAAAUCCGAAGAUAUUAUUGCAGCAUUAAAAUCAGAUGACGCUGUUAUAAUAAAUAGAGCAUUGCAAGCAGAUUGGAUUUUUGACGGAAGUAUAAAGUCGGUAACGAAUUUUAAUUUUUUUUCCAAAUCUAUAUUCCCGGAAGUUUCAUUAAAUACAAGAGCAGGUAUUAUAAAACGUUUGUCACAACAUUUAGGACAUAAAAAAGAAUAUAUUCUUGCACAAGAAUUUUUCGAAGGUUUAGAAAAACUUUAUAAUUUAAAACAAGCAAAACCUUUACUAUCUGCAUGUAGCGAAAUUUAUCUCGCGGAAAUUGUUAAAAAUAAAAAUAUAAGUUUAUCGACAAAAUUAGUAAAUCGACUUUUUUCAAAAUAUCCCGAAUUAGUUAUUAAUUAUUUCAAAUUUGGAUCGCCUGCACCAAACGAAGAACGCGUUGUCAAUAAAGUUAAUAUUAAUGAUUAUAAAAAUAUUUUACCGAAAUUAAUAAAAAAUUAUGUUAACGAUUUCGUCGAUAUUAUCAAUUCUCAAGAAAAUAACGUCAACAUUAAAUUAGGAAAAAAAUGUGCUGAAUAUUUUUUAGAAAGUAAAGGAAUUGAAGCAUUAAUCAGCAAACCCUUAAAAUUUAUUCAUUUUAUACCAUUAAAAACGAUUACAAAAAAAUUAAAUAAAGAACAAUUUGAAUUAAUGUUUCAAAAUUUAUUUCCAAAAAAAUACGAUGAAAUUUAUUUUGAUUCAAUGAUUGAAAUUCUUAAAUUUCAACCAGAUGAUUUAAAAUUACCAUUAAUUUUAAAUAGUUUCAAAAAACUUUAUGGUAUCGAUCCUUUAACAUUAACUGAUAUAGUGACUAUUGAAUUAUUACUAAUAUUACCAAGCGAAGAACGAAUUAAAAUAGCACGCAAAAAAUUAGAAACCGAACCAGAAGGUAACUAUAAUUGGCAAUAUUCAUGGAUUUGCUAUUUACCAUGUCAUGAAGCAAUUCCAAUAAUUAAAAACAAAAUAGCAAAAACAAAAAAAGUCGAUGAACGUAUACCUUAUAUUGGACAAUUAUUAUAUAAUUGUAAAGUUAAUAAAAGUGAUGAUGAUCUAUUUCAAGUUUUACAAUAUUUUUCAUCGAAACAUCGUAAUGAAAUUUCAUAUUUUUGGACAACACUCUACAAUAAUCUUAUGCAAAUAUUUGUAUUAGAAACAUUAAAUGAAAAAAUAUGGCAAAUCAUUAAUGAAAUGAUACAAAGAUCAUAUGUGAAAAAUCUUCUUAUGGAAAGAAUUGAUAUGUCUGAGAAUCUUUUAGAAAAAUCAAUUCAUCACAAUUUAUUGAAUAAUUUAUCAAUUGAUGAUAAAAUAAUAAUGUUAACUGAAUUAAAAAUAAAAGGUUGGAACAGUCAUUUUUGUAUAAUUCAAAGUAAUCAAAAAUAUGAGAGAAUUUGUUUAGAAAAAUUUCUCGAUAUUAUACCGCGUAAAUUUGUCAAUGAUGAUUCUAUUUGGGAAGAUAAUAAAUUAGAUACAAUAAAAUAUCUUAUCGCCGAUAUUUAUGAUUAUAACAAUAGAAUGAAACAAGCAGCAAAGAAAAAAAAUCUUCAAAUUGAAGAAGAAUUAUCGAUAAAAAAUUAUCCAUGGCUUUUGGAUGCUUUGGAAAAAGAAAUUAAAAAUGAAAAUAAUAAAUUUAAUUAUAAAAUUGAUGAUAUUAAAAAAGUUUUACUCUUCAAUGAUCGAAAAUUAUAUGAUUCAUUAUUUCCGGAUGAGGAAAAAUUGGCGAAAGUUGACACUCAAGAGGGAUUAAAUUUACUUAAAAGAACACCGGAGAAAAUUAUUCAAAAUUGGGAGAAAUAUUUAGAGAGCUGUGAAAAAAAUUUAAAUAACAUUCAUACGAGGAAAUUUUUAAAAAAAUCCACAUGGUAUUCACAGAUACCAAUUAAAUUUUUUGAGGAAUCAUUAAAAAAAUUACAAGAUGGUAAUCAUUAUUCGAUAAUGAUUUUAGCUCUUUUAUUACCUGGAUCUGAAUUUACAAUUUUAAUACAACAUCUAGCGCCAAAUUCAGAAAAAAUGGAUAUUGAUAAUGAUAAUGCAAGAAUGUUGUAUCUUCAAACAUCAUCAAUUCCAGAUUCAAUGAAUGAAGUAAAUCCUCCGCCAUCACUUGAAUUAGUGGAAAAAUUUUGCCAAGGAGAUUAUUUACAAGAUGGUUUAAGAUCAUUAAUGAACAUUGCACGUCGAGUAUCAGCUCAAAAAGUUAUUUUAUUUGCAUCAACACUCAUUCAAAAACCAAUUUCCGUAAAAAAACAUGGAAUUCGUUUAUUAUUCGUUGUUGCACCAUCCGCGAAAUUAUAUGAAUUUUUACGACUCAUGUGGACCACCGAGAAACAUAAAUCAAUUCGUGAAGUUGUUUUUGAAAAAAGUUAUCAACUCUUUUGCAAUAAAUCAUGCAAUGAAUCGUGGGAUUUAAUAAAAGAUAUGAUAGAAACUCUCACCGUUGAAGAUCGUGAAUUAUUUAAUCACUUAACGAAUCUUGAAAAUAUUCCCAAUGAAUAUAUAAGAAUUUAUUUUGAAUUAGCUUUGAAAAAAGUCGAUGAUCUACAAAAAAAUGAUACAAAUAAAAAAGAAAUGAACAGUGUAAUGUUAGAUUUAACCUCAUCAUUGACACCAGAAAUUUGUCAUUUUUUCACUGAAGAUUAUUGUCAAUAUUUAUUAAAAAAAUUAACAUUCAAUUUUGAAAAAGAUGAAUUAAUUACACAAGGUAAUCGUAAUUAUGCGGUAAAUAUUUUUCUUGCUGAUAAAAAUAAACUUGAUUCGCGAUUAAAUUAUUUUUGCAAUUUAUUGUCAUCGAUUAUAAAUGAAAAAUGGAAUAAAUCACAUCCUCGUAAUUUUCGAGUUUAUCCAAUUAGAUCAUUUUUUUCUGACACUGUUGAAAAUUUUUGUGAAAACACUGAGACUGAUAUAAAAAUUCUUCAAUCACUUUUUAAUUUAUUUGAAAAAUCAACAUUAUUACCAGUUCAUGAUUGUAAAUCAUAUUUACUUUUGUAUUUUAAUAUUAAAUUAAGGGAAGUUGAUUUUAAUGGUAAAAAUUUUGCUACUGUGAUUGGUAAUGAAUUAACGGAAAUAAUUAAAAUUUUUUCCCCAGAAAUGUUGAUUGAAAUUGGAAAAUAUUUAGCGACUAUUUUUAAAUCUUGUGAACGUUAUAAUUAUAAAGAUAUAAUUAGUCUUGUGAUUCAAACGCUUGUUGAUUUAAAUUCAAAUUAUUCUUCAAUUGUUGCCACAGUGAUGCUUGAUAAACAAUAUACUAAUAUUUCUGAUGAUUUGUACAAAGAUAUUGUUGAAAAAUUGCAAAAAGUAAAUCAUCCAACAGUGGCGAGUAUUUUGAAUAAACACAUAAAUUCCAUUUAUUUUUAAAAACAACGCAAAAUGAACAUUUUUUAAUGAUGUCUUGAAUUAAUUAAAAACAUCUCAAACCAUUAAAUUGAAAUUAUUUUUUUUUAAUUUAAUCCAAAUAUUGAAAAUUUAAUCAUUUAAAUUAUAAAAUUGAAUGAAAAAUGUGGAUGAGAAUUUUUAUUAAAUCUUUUUGCGACAUGUGUCAGUAAUUAAAGAUAAAAAGAGUUUAUAUUUCAAAUGAUAUGUAUUACGAUAAUGUAUAAAUUAUAUAGUUUUUAAAAAAUACGUCUAAAUAAAAUAGACGGAAAAAAAAAUUGUAAAAAAUGAAAGAAAAAUAUUCCUGAUUUUUCUGUUGAAACUUUUUGUGAUUUUUUAUUCUAUUUAAAUAAUGAUAUUACUAUUUUAUAAACAAUUUUCAAAAAAUUCGAUAAAAAAUUUUGCUAUAAAAUCACUUUUUUAUAUUAAAAUAAUGAAAAAAAAAAAAAAAUUGUAAACCAAAAAAUUAAAAAAAGAAAAUAAUGUAAAAUUAUUAAAAAAAUAAAUUUAAGAGUUAUUUUUUCAUGGAAAAAUAUAAUUAAAAAUGUGUGACAUUUUUUUCAAUUCGACAGAUAUUGAAGUAAAUUUUGUAAAAUUACUAACGGCACUGUUACUUUCUAUAAGAAUUAAAAAUAAAAAAAUAAGGAUUACUAUAAGCAGCUAUUGUGUGAUGAAGAAUUUUAAUAACACACUUUGUUAAUUGAAUAUGAAUAAAAUAUUGUUUAUGGCUUA